CUGCAGGGUGUAAUAAAGAGUACGAGGUGUGCUGCAGAUCAUUGCACUGACCCCUCCUCCUGGAAGUAGCUCUGUUUAUUUCUCUGGCAGAACUUCCUGGAGGUGAGACAGUGAGAGCAAUGUCUGUGUGUGCAGUGCUGCUGGUCCUGGUUGUGCUCCCCUCUGCAGGUAGGUCUGUCUCCUUAUACAGGGCUGGGAUCCUGCAAACUAUCUAUUUAUAACCUCACUGUCUAUGGGAGGAUCACAGAGCUCCACAGCAAUAAUACUCCAAGUAACAGAGCUCCACAGCAAUAAUACUCCCAGUAAUGUGUCUUUAAACUGCAUAAAAUGUGUUUAGAAAUCAACCUGUGUGACUAAGAUACAUUGUUAUUGUUAUGAAUUGUUCUAUAAAUGGCUCUCUGGUUGUUGUUGUUAUAUUAAUGAAUGUGAAGUAUCCGCUCCCAGAGUUAGAAAGAGUCUGGUUUCUGAUCCCCUAUAUUUACUGUGUUUUAUAAGUUUGGUGAAUAUAAUUAAACUGCCAGCUGGGUGCCUCGUGCUCCCUGUCAAUCAUUGUUAUAAGCUCCGCCCUUUACACCUGGCAGUCAGUAUAGAGAGAGCCACUUCCAUCUUAGCUCCCUGUCAGUCAUUGUUAUAAGCUCCGCCCUUUACACCUGGCAGUCAGUAUAGAGAGAGCCACGUCCAUCUUAGCUCCCUGUCAGUCAUUGUUAUAAGCUGCGCCCUUUACACCUGGCAGUCAGCAUAGAGAGAGCCGCCUCCAUCUUAGCUCCCUGUCAAUCAUUGUUAUAAGCUGCGCCCUUUACACCUGGCAGUCAGUAUAGAGAGAGCCACCUCCAUCUUAGCUCCCUGUCAAUCAUUGUUAUAAGCUCCGCCCUUUACACCUGGCAGUCAGUAUAGAGAGAGCCCCCUCCAUCUUAGCUCCCCGUCAAUCAUUGUUAUAAGCUCCGCCCUUUACACCUGGCAGUCAGUAUAGAGAGAGCCGCCUCCAUCUUAGCUCCCUGUCAAUCAUUGUUAUAAGCUCCGCCCUUUACACCUGGCAGUCAGUAUAGAGAGAGCCACUUCCAUCUUAGCUCCCUGACAAUCAUUGUUAUAAGCUCCGCCCAUUACACCUGGCAGUCAGUAUAGAGAGAGUCACCUCCAUCUUAGCUCCCUGUCAAUCAUUGUUAUAAGCUCCGCCCUUUACAUCUGGCAGUCAGUAUAGAGAGAGCAGACAGGGGGAAUGACAAACAGAAACACUGCAUCUCCCCCAUUGUGACGUGUGCCCUAUCCGUGCCAGGACUGAGCUGGGUGUCACGUGGUAAAUAUUUCAUAGAAUCCGAUCAUCACAUGAAAAAGGCAACACCAGUGAUUAAUCACAUUUCAGGGUUUUAUUUGUGUCUUUACAAGAAAAGAGACAUUUCUCCUUUAAAUGUCUGAGAAAAACUCCUUCCCUGACCCCGCCCCCCAAUAUGAAAUUUCGCUCUUUUAAAAUAUAAUUCUAACUUUUAAAAUGUUGGGAGGAGUUAUAUACAGUGUGAGUGUAUCACAGAGCUCUACAGCAAGACAUCUCACUGUAUGCGUGUAUCACAGAGCUCCACGGCAAUACAACUCACUGUAUGCGUGUAUCACAGAGCUCUACAGCAAUACAUCUCACUGUAUGCGUGUAUCACAGAGCUCUACAGCAAAACAACUCACUGUAUGCGUGUAUCACAGAGCUUGACGGCAAUACAUCUCACUGUAUGCGUGUAUCACAGAGCUCCACGGCAAUACAACUCACUGUAUGCGUGGAUCACAGAGCUCUACAGCAAUACAUCUCACUGUAUGCGUGGAUCACAGAACUCUACAGCAAUACAUCUCACUGUAUGCGUGGAUCACAGAGCUCUACAGCAAAACAACUCACUGUAUGCGUGUAUCACAGAGCUUGACUGCAAUACAUCUCACUGUAUGCGUGGAUCACAGAGCUCUACUGCAAUACAUCUCACUGUAUGCGUGGAUCACAGAACUCUACAGCAAUACAUCUCACUGUAUGCGUGGAUCACAGAGCUCUAUGGCAAUACAACACACUGUAUGCGUGUAUCACAGAGCUCCAUGGCAAUACAACUCACUGUAUGCGUGUAUCACAGAGCUCUACGGCAAUGCAACACACUGUAUGCGUGUAUCAAAGAGCUCCAUGGCAAUACAACUCACUGUAUGCGUGUAUCACAGAGCUCCACGGCAAUACAACUCACUGUAUGCGUGAAUCACAGAGCUCUACGGCAAUACAACACACUGUAUGCGUGUAUCACAGAGCUCUACGGCAAUACAACACACUGUAUGCAUGUAUCACAGAGCUCCAUGGCAAUACAACUCACUGUAUGCGUGUAUCACAGAGCUUCAGAGCAUUUGAAGCCCUAUGACCAGGCAAGGAGGAGACUUGUGGGCAAGGACGAAGAGAGGCCAGCGGUCAUAUUAGAGAGAUCAAUGGCCGGGACUGGAGUAAAUGUAGAAACACUUCAAACUGUCCUGUAUGGUGGGGAGGGGACAGGAAAUCAGCCAUUAUCAGAGUGUUAGGGGGGCUUGCUAAAUAGUGUGACACAUCCCAUUCCUCACUAGCACUAUCUAUACAGUGGAGUAUGACGGGGGUAGCAUCACACCACCUGUUAUGCAUUCCUGGGAGAAUGGAUGGAGCAAUAUCCAGGAUAAAACUGCAAGGGAACCUGUCUUUAACUUUAAAGCUGAAAUUUGGGAUAAAGUUCCCCUUUCUGCAGCACGAAAAAUUCCAUCAUUAUUUAUAUGAUCAAUUUUGAGUAAAAUUAGGAAUAGUGUAGAACCAAACUACCGCAUACCUUGUCUAUGGAAUAGUAUUAAAGGAACAAUAUAGGGUCCGGAUCACAAACCUGUAUUCCUGACAUUAUAGUGUUAAAAAACACAAUCUGCACCCCCUUCUCCCCUAAUUAUAGAAAAAUCUUACUUGAUUUCCAGUCUCUGGUGCUGGCUCUGCCCCUGAUCUGCCUCCUUGGUUGACAUCAUCAGACGUGGUGGUCUGAGCCGAUCACAAUACUUCCCUCAUUGGAUUGGCUGAGACUGUCAAGGUGGCAGAGCAAGCACAAGUCAAACACAGCCCUGGCCAAUCACCAUCUUCUCAUAGAGAUACAUUGAAUCAAUAUAUCUCUAUGAGGAAAGUUUGGUGACUCUAUGCAGUGGGUGGAGACACUGAAUGUCAGUCCCACUGCGCAGCACUGCCCCAGGAAGCACCUUUAGCAACUACUGAGGAGUGGCUAGUGGAGGUAUGUAAUGUAAACACUGCAUUUUCUCUGAAAAGACUGUGUUUUACUCCAAAAAGCCUGAAGGGAAUGAUUCUACUCACCAGAACAAAUACAUUAAGCUGUGUUUUUUUUCUGGUGACUAUAGUGUCCCUUUAAGUAGAAAUGUGUAUAAAAAACAAUUUUUUUAGCUUUGCCUCAUCUGUGCAGACCGUGAUCACUGUGGGUUUAUUACAUAGAGACAGUAACUUCGCAGGAUGAGGACAAUGCAAUGUAGCGAUGUUCAUACCAACACAGAACCAACAAACAAUACACAAAACGUAAAUUACAGCGAGGAGCAGAAAUGUUUUUCAACAACAACACGAUCUGAUCUGGAAUUUUUUUUACCUCUGCUAUAGUCAUAACUUUUUUUUGCUGUUUCUUUCUUUUCUUUUUUUUUUUGUGGAACUUCGAAGUUUAGUGCAUAGUUCCGAGAGUCUCACACUCUGCCUCGCCUCCCUCGCCCAUAGUCUCUCCCACUAUUGUCUCAUCGCAUAAUGCAUGAAGUCUGUGGUGUUUGUGUGUAAUGUUUGUGGUGUGUGCUCUGUUUUGUCCUCCUCGCGGUGGAAGGUUAAGCAGGUGGGGCAAAUCAGAGCAGACAAACAUUAUGAGUCCUGGUCCAUGGUGGUUAAAGUCCUUGAUGGCUUAGAGUGCAGUCUGCACCUCUAUGCGGUGCAGACCACAGUAAAUGCUCCCUUGCAUUCAGACUGCAGUCCCAGGGAUUCCCAGCCUGCGUUCUUACUUAUUAGUGAGCGCCAGACCACAAGGGAGCGAUUACUGUGGUGUGCACCUGCCGCAUGCUCCCUGGUCCAGCAUUCUUCUCUACAGGCAGUCCUGCAGUAGACUCUUGCCCGCGGGACACCUGCCCCCUAAAAAUAUGCCGGUCCUGCACCUGGAACAACAGGUUUUGGUGGCAGGAAUUCCACAUCACUUACAGACAGCACAUCUUGCAUGAUUACAUUAUGUGGAAAAGCAAGUUAAAUCACUUGGCUAGUUUACAUGAAAAAGUGUUACAAAGACUUGACAUGCGUGUUUAAUGUAUCUCCCAGAGUUUGCUUAUUGUGAACUUGACACCAAGUGAAAUGAUAAAUUAUUCAAUAUUUGAUUUAUUUCAAUUAAUCUCUUGUUGAAAGUUCAUUAUUACAAGCGUUUAUAACUACACUGAUAAAGGCCUUUGCUUUGGGUCCCAAAGUGACACUUUGAUAAAGCCCCCCCUCCCCACCCCGCCAAUGAUCAAAUUAGGGAAAUAAAAGCCUGAUUUUGUCUGUCUCCAUCACCACUGGCACAACUUGGACAUUACAGUCCACCAGCUUCACCCAACCAACCACAACCACCGACAGGACAUCUGCCACAAAUAAUGGGCAAACAUUACCCCAAGUCAGGGGGCAACGCUGGGAGAUACUUACCCCAAAAUACUUACCUGAGUGUUAUUACAUCAAAAGCUGAAUUGAUUUUAAAUAUUAAUCUGAGGUUUUUCAUAUAUAUAUAUAUAUAUAUAUAUAUAUAUAUAUAUAUAUAUAUAUAUAUAUAUAUAUAUAUAUAUAUAUAUAUAUAUAUAUAUAUAUUUUUUUUUUUUUAUCUUAUUUUUAAUAUUUGUCUUAAAAUAUACUCUGGGAGAAGAUAGGUUUCCAGUAAAUAUAUUGAUUUGGCAUUUGUGAUUCUGUAUUCCUUGUAAACUGUAAAAAAUAUCAUUUUUAAGGGUUCUGAAUCCUUUUUUACUGCACAGUAAAUGACAAUCCAUUUUUGUGAAUGGACUGAGAUGUAUAUUAUUCACACUGUUACCUCAAGCAAUGCAUCGACCCAUUGCUGUUAUUAUUCCUGCAACGCCUUAUUAUUAUUAUUAUUAUUAUGAUAUUUAUAUAGCGCCAUCAAAUUCCGCAGCGCUUUACAAUGGGUGGACGAACAGGUAUGUAGUUGUAACCAGACAAGUUGGACACACAGGAACAGAUGGGUUGAGGGCCCUGCUCAAUGAGCUUACAUGCUAGAGGGAGUGGGGUAAAAUGACACAAAAAGGUAAGGAUAGUAUUAGACUAGUGACAGUUGCAGAAGAGGAAUCCGUAUAAUGAUUUCUGGAAUAUAAAUAAUAUUCAGCAAUAUUUUAUUUACAUCUGAUAAACUGUACACGUGUUAAGUAGUAAAUCUGUUAACAUUUUUACUAGUAUCACCCUUUGGUGGGAAGGAUUUGGGAAGAAAGCUGUGACACCAUGAGAGCCAAUAGUGACUUUAGACACAGACAAUGUAUACACACAAUGACACACUGCCAUACACACAAUGACACACUGCCAUACACACAGACAAUGUAUAUACACACAAUGACACACUGCCAUACACACAUAGGCAAUGUAUACACACAAUGACACUGCCAUACACACACAGACAAUGUAUACACACAAUGACACACUACCAUACACACACAGACAAUGUAUACACACAAUGACACACUGCCAUACACACAUAGACAAUGUAUAUACACACAAUGAAACACUGCCAUACACACAUCGACAAUGUAUAUACACACAAUGAAACACUGCAAUGCACACAAUGACACACUGGCACACUGCUGUGACAAAUGUUUUUUCUCCUGUGAGGUUACCUAACAUACCAUGACGUUGUACACGUAUAAUUAUGCAAAUUAGCACAGGCGAUAUUUUGGUUUUCAAAGAAAGCCCUAAUAUCAGCUGAAUAUUAUUACGUGGUCAAGCAGAACAUACAGACUAAUGUGAGGUCUAAAAGGGAAAUAAAAUGUUCUGUUAUUGAAUUAAUGUUCUUUUUUUUUCUUUCCAUUUUCUGUGUUUUAUAACAGGAUUAUGACGUGAUGUAAAUAACAUGCAGUAUAAUUGCACGCAGGCCUUAAAAUGGUCACUAAUCUAUUUCUCUGGAUUUUAGAGAGUAGCUUUCGUUUUGCUUCAUAUUAUGGCGAUCACAUGGUCCUGCAGAAAGCGCCAUCUAAAGCCGUUAUUUGGGGCUACGGAGAGGUUGGAGCGACUGUGACGGUAUCGCUCUACAAAGAUCUGGAUACAGUGUCCAAAAAGUCCGUCUUCAUAAAUGGUAACAAUGAAUCGCAUUUGUUUUUAAAUAUACUGUGACCAUAACCUGUUGAAAAUAAAAGGCAAGACGUAUAGGUUAGUUUGGGUGUGUAUCUGCGCUCACUGAGCACACAGCACUGCUAGGAACACGUAGUGGGUGAGAAGGGGAACUUAUUACAGCUAGAGAGAUCAGGAAAGAACGCCAGGCGGAAUUAGCUGGUUACACAAGAUCUGUCCGGAAAAGGUCCAGCAAUUAUUAAUAUAACGAUGACGGUUUGCGUGACAUCGAUGUAUCCUGGCAGCCAAGGAGUGUGCACUGGAAUGAGAAUACGUGAGCAAUGAUUACUUCACUGGAUUACUUAUAGGGGGUACUGGACACCGUUGAGUAAGCAUCUGCACUUUGUGGCCGUCGCAUUCAAAAUGGCUGAGCAACAAAUCUGCAUCAAAUUUUGCGUUAAGCUUGAACAUUCCUCACCGUAAACGAUUUGUAUGAUUCAGAAGGCUUCCGAGUGCGAUGCAAUGAGUUCAGCACAAAUAAGUGUGGUACAAAUGCUUCCAAGGUAGUCUGGUAAGCUUUUCCCAAAACUAAAAUAGCCUUUAAAAAGGAAGUGAUUUUGUCGAUGAAAUUCAGGUAAAUACGAUGAGGCAGCUGAAGGCGGUUCCAACAAAGCAUUUUGCAUAGUGUUGAACAGUGGAAGAGACGCUUGGAGAACUCUGCGAGGUCCCAAGGUGCCGACUUUGAAGGGGACUGCGGUGUCAUUGUCCUGUGUACAAUGUUUCUUGUAUCUAAUUCAAUAAAUGUCUCUAUUUUUCAUAAUACUUGGCUGGAUACUUUACGGACAGAUCUCGUAGAUCAGUACAGAGAAGCGCCAGGCGGAGCUAGCCGUUUAUAGCUCAGGACGGAUGAGCCCCAGGUUGUCCUAGCUGAUCAGAGAUCUUCGAGUCUUCCUUAAACAGGGAUUUAAAUACUCUAGAACAUUUCUAGACAUUUGAGUGUAAAGUGAAACUGCCACAUACGUGUGUUUUGCAGAAGUAUGGGUCGUGGUAUUUUUAGCCAAUCAGCUGUUUUUUGUUUGUUUUAAUGUCAACUCUUGACAGGAAGUCAGAAAAAAAACAAGCUUUGUUCACUUUAUACAAAGGUAAUUUUCCUUAUAAAAUAAUCUUAACGAACACAUUCUGCAGGGUUAUAACAGACGACCGGUAAAAAAAAAAAAAGGUCUCCUGCGGAGGAGUACUUCGUAUUAAAGAAGCCAUUUUAUCAAUACGACUAGCUAGUGUUUAAUCACCUGACAAGCCAAGCUUUGUGAUGUAAUGCUCCUUGAUAGCGUCAGUCUGUACCAUUCGUUUAGUCCCCUAUGGAGGAGCACACUUACCUACAUGUGGUAUUUUCUCACACACAAUCCCUAACCUUCCAUUCCUCUUAGAUCCGCAAUCCUGCAAAUCGACAUUAUAAUAAUCACGUCUGGUAAACUAUAAAAUGCGUAUCAAGUCUUAUUAAGAGAUUUGAAGAUCGGGACGGGGGAUUAAAGGAUUUUGGUGAAAGCUUUCAGUUCUCUAGUAAUUAGUGAUUCAUUGAAUAACACUGUUUAAUUUGUUCUCCUGUCUGCUAGAACCUGAGGCAGUUUGGAGAGUGGUUCUAGAUCCAAUUGAUCAUGGAGGACCGUAUCAGUUGGUCGCUACUCAACAUUACGAGGGAGAAAUUACGUACAUCAUGCUGACAGACAUUUUAUUUGGCGAUGUGUGGCUGUGCGGGGGGCAGAGUAAUAUGGAAAUGACCGUGUCGCAGGUAAUAAAUAUUCUUCAAUGAUCGAUAAACCUUCUCGAAGAGCUGUUAUGUGUCUCGUUCCCUACCCCUCCAUGUGUCUUGUUCCUGCCCAGGGCCUGACUGGCCAUUGGGCACACCAGGCAAAUGCCCGGUGGGCCACGAUGACCGUGUGCCGAGGCUGGCAGGGUUGGUCACAGGAUCUCCCCUGCCGGUCUAUGCAGGGAAUGCACUAUCCCCCCCGUGUGUCUCAAAGAUCUCCCUCACCAACCCAUUGGCAGUGUAUUGCGACCGCCGGCUGGGGAGAGAGACAGGAGAGGACCCGGAGGAGCUCUAUCUUACAGCUCCGCCGGGUUACUCUCGCGAGAUUCUGAGCAUUGCCAUGGCAAUGCUCCGGGUCUUGCAAGAUUGAACUCUAGUCCCAUAGGCUAGAGUUCACUCACCACUAGGACCACCAGGGAUGGCAGCACGGUCCCCCCCCCUCCCAGGCUAAAGGUGAGAAGGGUUGGUGGGAUACAAUGCUUGUGUUUUUUUUUUUUUUGUUUAAAAAAAAAAAAAGGCAUAUAUAUAUAUAUAUAUUAACCUGACUCCCCCAACACACGAUCCCUCCAAACAUUCACAAACCGCAUCCUCUCUCACACACUGCUCCCUUUUUCACACACCGCACACCUCACUACACCAUUCACACACAAACUGUGCAUCUCACACAUAUACACUGCACCACUCACACACAAUACUUCCAAACAUAUAUGUAUAUAUACUACAGAACCCCUCACAAACACUGCACCCCUAAACACAUUACAUUCCAGACAUACACUAGAUCCCUUACCCAACUCUGGAUCAUCUACACACACUACAUCCCUAUAUACACUCUGAAUCCUCUAUACACACACACACACACUCUCUCACACUCACUAGAUCUCCUACAUACACACACACACUCUGACAUACACACUCUGGAUCCCCUAUGUAUACACUAGAUUCCUUGUAAGCAAAGACAUACUACAUUCCCUACAAACACACUCUCUACAACCCCUACACACACUACAGCCAGUAUGCACACACUCGCUACAUUCCCUAUACACAUCAUGCCCCCUAGACACACAUACAUUACAUUACAUCACAAACACAACCAACCUAUUAACACAAGACCACACCACAAUCAGCUCACUCUACAAACAGGCUCCAAACACAUGCACUAUGUGCUUUGCUGGUCCUUUUGUCCUCUGGUAUCCCAUUUAUGGAGACACCAGAGACAAAUUUCAAGCAAAGACAGCGCAAGCAAGUUAUUAUAUUUGCUUGCGCUGUGCAGAAUACAGGGCCCUUGUCUCAUGCUAGAGCUCUUCAACAGCGCUUUGUGCAUGAUCUGCCCUGGAAGAGCAUUGAAUUAACAUGCUCACUUUAAGAUGAGGUGUGUGUAACGGACCGUUUUGCUCACCAGAGGUUAAAAACCGUUUAGGCAAUAUUCCCCUUUCCAGAUACACCGACAGCUACUGUAAGCACCGAUCUCCCGAACUGGAAACACAUGAACACUGGAAAUAUCCUCCUAACAGUCAGCAUACAAUCCAAGUCCCUCAAUAACGAGACAACACUUCGUUUGAGGGUCAAGCAGAAUCAGACUGUACUGGCACAUACAGCCUCUUUUAUUCCCAAUCCACAAACAUAGUACUGCCCACAGGGUUUUACAGAACAACCAAUCAAUCCGUACAAUACACACAGACACUCCCACACAAAAUCCUCCCCUCUUCCUGUGAAAUGAUUACUGAACACAAUGGGUGAUAUAAUUAUCACAGGCAGAGGAAUACAGUUUUUCCACAUUAUUCAUAACUUUGAAAGUAUGCAUCACAUUCACAUAAAUGAAUCAGCAUACUCCAAAUACAAACAUAUGUCAAAAUCAUCCAAAUUGGUCCAUUGGUUCAAAAGAUAGAUCGAAUUCAUUUGUGACCAAAUGAAGCAUGGCUUUUCUGCCCAAAACCAGUUCCACAGAGUCUUCUAUCCUGGAGAUAAUUGAGAAGUAAUCCAAUUAUUUACAAGGACAGAGGCAAAACUCCAUUAAAAAGACAGUAAAAUACAAUAAAAUACACAAGGUUACCUUUAUUACAUAAAAUACAGACAUUCUACCUAUCCCCAGAUAGCUUAGAUCUGAUCGCACAUUAUUACCGGAUGGCGCUCACAUCACAUACAUACAGUUCAAUCGCCAUGGAGCCAAAGUCUUUCAUACAGUCUUUCAGUAUACGGCUGGGCUCCAUGGCAUAGCUAUCUGGGGUAGCAUGGCUUAAACAGUCCGCAGAAAGGCACAAACCAGCCUUUCUGCAGGGUAAAAGAACAGGGGCCAUAGUCUAAAGGGAGCAGGUGAGCAACCAGGCUUCUCCAGUGCACAGUGGCGAGGUUGGUUCCGCCACAGUGUGCAUGUCAUUGGGGGUGAAAAAAACACCCUAUCUGGCACCGCUCGAUCUCAGUGGGCCGUUGUGAUUAAAAAAUGCCCUGGCUGAAGUUUUUUCCCAGUCCGCCCCUGUUCCUGGCCCAACAUGUAUCUUAUUUCCUCGCCCUUCCCCCCCCAUAGAGUCUCCCUUUGUCUCUCUUUUCCUCCCCAGCCCCCCGUGUGUCUCUUCCCCCUGCUCUAUUUCCUAUUUGUAGAAGUUGAUUACAGAUGAUUUGUUCCCAUUUUGUUUAUUAUAUUGAUCAGAUAAUCUUUGAACACAUUUUUUGUUAACAGAUAUUUAAUGCCAGCAAAGAAUUAAAGAAAGCGGUUCAUUACCCCAAUGUUCGACUCUUUACAGCAGCGCUGGAAACCUCACCUACGGAGCUGGAAGAUCUCGCCAAGGUGGAUUUACAGUGGUCUUUGCCAACCCCUGGUAAGUGACCCUACAUAGAUCAAUCUGUACCAAUGCCACGUUUUAUUAAAAAUGUAUCUGUGUAUGGGGAACAGCAACAGAAAAACAAAUUACCCCCAAUCCUCCCCUGCGGGGGGAGAUCUGUGACACCGUAAUUACCCCCAAUCCUCCCCUGCGGGGGGAGAUCUGUGGCACCGUAAUUACCCACAAUACUCCCCUGCGGGGGGAGAUCUGUAAAACCGUAAUUACCCACAAUACUCCCCUGCGGGGGGAGAUCUGUGACACCGUAAUUACUCCCAAUACUCCCUUGCGGGGGGAGAUCUGUGACACCGUAAUUACUCCCAAUACUCCCCUGCGGGGGGAGAUCUGUGACACCGUAAUUACCCACAAUACUCCCCUGCGGGGGGAGAUCUGUGACACCGUAAUUAUCCACAAUACUCCCCUGUGGGGGGAGAUCUGUGACACCGUAUUUACCCACAAUCCUCCCCUGCGGGGUCAAAUCUAGGGGUAAAGUAAAAAAAGAAACACUUCGGGAAAACACGCUAAAGAUUAUUGGCUGAUUUGAGCUAUUUACUUCAAACUGAUUGAGUUUAUUGCAAUUCUGGAUAUUUUAUGAUUAAUUUUGAAACCUAAAAAAAUUACAAGCUAAAAGCUAUUUUGUGCCGGAGAUCUAAUUAUAGGGACAUAUAAAGAAAUCACAGUUCUCUUGUGUCAUGGUUUCCAUUAUAAAGUCCUGAUUUGGAAUCGCUGUCCCCUCCUACAAGUCUCAGUGGCCAAACCGCCGAAAUCUGUGAAAUACAGUGAUUUCCAAACCAUUAAAAGCAUGUCUUCAUUUUACAAUUAAUAUAUAAUUGUUAGGUGUCUCUUCUCGUGUUAAUUUAUUUUAUUGUGAAGCCUGUUGUGGUGGUUUGUUUUGUUUAUUUUGUUUCUUUUAUAAACUAGAAAACCUUGGAAAUGGAAACUUCACCUAUUUCUCGGCGGUCUGCUGGCUGUUUGGCCGUCACUUACAUCGCAGACUGAAAUAUCCAAUCGGAUUGGUGGAGUCUGUGUGGGGAGGAACGCCCGUAGAAGCCUGGUCCUCAAAACGAGCGCUGUCCAAAUGUGGCCUGAAGCCACCUGAAUGCACGAUGGACGAGUAAAUGUGCACAGAAUUUCUGGAUAUUCUUUCAUUUUAAUAUUUUAAGCUUUGUCUGUGAUUUUAUUUUUUUCUGCACAAAUUUCCCAAAUGAUUAUAUUGGAUAGGUCCAGAAUGUACGUAUUGUACCACGCUGCGGAAUAUGUUGAUGUAAUCAUGUAAAAUAUUAGAUUCACCAUACAUUCCUACCUGAGAGCUUGCUAUGUUAGCAGAUUGGAUUUUAGCAACACCUCUUUGAAACCAUUGAAGCGUCAAUGACCUGCAUCACCCAUAAAUUAUUAUUUAAGGUUCCCGGAACACUGUGUCCAAGAGACUGAUUGCUGUGUGCGUUGAGCAAAGGUGAUUGUUUCAGUGUGAGGUGUUAUGAUUUAUGAGGUGGUAUUUCAGGAUAUUUGAAUACGUAAAAUGUUAAUGAUUAAUAAUAUGCCUGUAGGUUUUAUUACGCUGGGCCAUGUACGUUUUCCGUCCUGUGGAACGCCAUGAUCCAUCCUUUACUCAAUAUGACUAUUAAAGGAGCCAUCUGGUACCAAGGUGAGGGCACGCAGUCUAAUGGGUGAGGGGUUAAUACUCUCCUGUGUUCUUCAUGGCUUACUUACAGAUCGUUUUCUAGAAACAUUUGCUGAAUAGAAAGUGUUUGUUAUUUUUAGGGGAGCAGAACACGGCGACGGACACAGAUCUCUAUAACUGCACGUUCCCCGCUAUGAUCGAAGAUUGGAGACAGUCCUUCCACGAAGGUUCCAGCGGACAAACCGAUCAACACUUUCCAUUUGGAUUUGUUCAGGUAAUUGGCGCAGCGAGGAUCGUCAUUGUGUUUUAUUUAGGGUUUCACGCGUAAUUAGUAAAGAUAACAAAGUUCUCUCAUCAUUCAUGGAAACCAGAUACCGGGUGAGGAAUAAAAAACCUUUAAUCUAAAGUAUUUUUACUCUGUUUGUACAAGUUACCAUUUACCCAUACUGCAGAACACACAUCACAGAUCUUGCCACUUUGAAGCUUUUAUGAACAUCAACAUUUUUUUUUUCUUUUUCUGUUUUUAAUUCCGUGUUAAUCUAUAUUUUUAUUGGUUUAUAGAAGUAUGUAACCUAAUGUAUAUUUUCUAGUUAUCCACAAAUCAAAAGAGCAAAGAGCUAGAUAACUUCCCGAUCAUACGAUGGCAUCAAACCGCUGACUAUGGCUUUGCGCCCAACCCAAAAAUGGUCAACACUUUCAUGGCUGUCGCGAUGGAUCUGGGGGACGAACGCUCUCCAUAUGGCUGGUAAGGUAUUGUCGUUCCUGUUCCGAGCGUUUCUACGUGAUGUCUGCUGAAAAAACACGUCACACAGGUUGUCUUCCUCUUUCUUUCAGUAUUCACCCGCGGGAUAAGCAAACCGUGGCAUACAGACUGUAUUUGGGGGCGAGAGCUAUUGCUUACGGUGACAAGAUUUCUUUUAGAGGGCCGUUUCCAGAGAAAAUGGAUGUGGAUUAUUCCGCUUCAUACAUCAAUAUCACAUACGAUCAGGAAAUCUUAGUAACUCCUUCAAACCAGAGUUUAUUUGAGGUAAAUAUUUCCUGUGAAAUGAGGAGGGGAUUGAUUUAAUUUCCAAAAUGUACAGGGAGUUCUUUGUUAUUAUUUACUAAGCGGCAUUCAGCGGACUAGGAAAGUUACAUAUUUAGGCCAAAGUAGCUGAGUGAGGGAGAUUUUCAAAUUCUGUUGAGCUUGCCUUUUGGUCUAAAUAUUCAACUUCCUUCGUCACUUGCCCCAGAUUUACUUCAGUUGGGUUUAUUCAUUAACCCCUUCACUACUGAGCACUUUUUGUUUGGAAAAAAAGAUUAGCAUAAUAUUUAUUUAAAACAAGGAAUGCAUGGCUAGAAUGUAAACACAUUAUAAAGUUGCAAUUUUGUAACAGAUUGCUUUGCAGACAAUUUAAUUUUUAUGUAAAUUGACAUAAUAUCAAUUUUACACUUAUUUGAUCAUCUAUUUAUAGCAAUUUUUGGGGAAUAUAAAGCUGUAGACGGUAUAGUGUCUUUUUGUCUACAGACAUCCCUACCUCUGUGGAAAUGACAAAGCUUAUAUAUCAGACAACGACUAAUAAAUCUGACUAAAUACAUGUUAAAUUCUCUUUAUCUAUAAACUGAUCUAUAUAUCUCUCUCUCUCUAUCUCCAAACAAUUAUCAUCACUCCAGUGAUGCAAGUUAAGUUCAAAUAUUUAAUCAAUUUAAAAUGAAACCUUUUUGCGCAUAUUUUUUAUUUUUUUUCAAAAUAAAAAAUCUAAGCAAUCCCAAUGUAUAUAUUAAAAUGAAAUGUAUUUUGCAGGUGUUAUGUAAGAAUACUAUGAAUGAUCAUGGCGAGGACUCCGUUUACUGGGCUCCGGCUGCCUUAAUGUCGACGUUGCCCCGUGUUGUUACCGUAUCGUUUAAACAAUGUGCGCAGAUUUCUGGGAUUCGCUAUGCCUGGACCGACUGGCCGUGUGAAUACAAAGACUGUCCCAUUUAUAGCAGCAAUGGGAGACUGCCUGCACCUUUAUUCAUAAAGUAUAUUCAGCAAGAUUAAAUUAGCAUUUAACUUUUUUUUUUGACAAUGCUUAAUGUCCUCUUUGUCCUUAUGGAAGUUAAUGAAAUUUGACUAAAUUCACCUUCAGAUUUGUGUAAAUGGAAUUUGUAUGAUUUACCAGGGACAAGCAUGAUGUAAAUGUUUGUUUGUACAUAUUGUAAUUUGAUCACACGGAAUCUAUAUUGAAGAAAUUUAUUUUUGUAAAUGGUGUAAUAUUAUAUAAAGACAAUCUGUGCCAUUUAAAGCCUGGUUUGUUUCCGAAAUUAAAUGGUCUCACCAGUUCUGUGUUUAUCCUUUAUAUUAAUAAAUCAUUAAUCUCCAGGUUAAAACAUUGGGUUUAAUUAGUUAUUCACACUGAAAAAAGUUGCAGAAUGUUUUUUUGUUUUUUUUGUUUGUUUUUCAAAUCUGAGGAAAAAGUUAAAAGUUCUUAAAUAGCGUUCUUAUCCAGAGCACUUUACAGUUUCUUCAGAAAUAACAUUCUACAAACAGGGGAUAAAUAAUUACACACUAAACUUUUUAGUUUAUUUUAUAACUUGGUGACGAAACCAUAAAGGUUUUAUUACCGCCAUCAUUUCAGUGAUUUCUGGUUGCAACUUGUCCGAUUAAACCAUGUGAUCCAGAGUCCCAUGUGAGAGUUUUAUAUGGUAAUAACGUUAUAAUUAUCCUUUUAGAAAUAGGCUGUGGGUUGCUGUGGUGUCACAUGACUCUGAUCCAAUUAGACUGUCAGCUUCUCCGGACAGCAUACACUGCUCCCACGGAGGUUCUAAGAAUCUGCAAUAUAAAGCAAGUGUUUUAAAAAUCCCAGUGGCUGUGUUUGUUAAAUGCUAAAAGAUUUACUGGUAUUUGUUUUGUGAUGGUUAAUGUGUCAUGCGUUGUGUAUAUAUGGCAUUACACACCCCACACAGUAUUUACAGGGUUAAACAAAUAUUAGUUUAUUACAAAACCUUUCACUAGUUGGCCAUCCUAAUAAGGAUGAAGAGGGGUAUUACACAAUGUGGGAGACGGAUGCUGUUCCAUGAAUAUUCAAUGCUUCCUGUGUGCGGCCAAUAAUGGUGCCCCUUUAACUUUGUCAUACAUAAAAAAUAAAGAAAACUGCAUUUGUUUUCAAAAGAAAGACACAUGAGAGUGGAUAUAUUAUAGCAAUAGACAAAUCUAUACAGAGUCAGUACAAGCCGCUAUGUGCUAACCUGUUCAUUAGCAGGAAUAUACAACAGACAAGAAGAAUCGCCCAUUCAGACUGGAAGAAAGGCGAUGUCACUUACGGCAGAGGAAUGGGUUCUUUACAGUAAGAACACUAAACAUAUGGAAUUCUCUGUCUAAAGAGGUUGUCUUAGCAGAUUCUAUAAAUAAUUGUAAAAAAAGACUUUGUUUUUUUUUUUGAAUAAACAGAAUAUUCA